AUGGCGCCGGUCCCCUCGCGAAAUGCUCUACGAGCACUGCGGGCUCUAGCCUUCUCAACGCCGACCCUCGUUGCCGGCGCAGUCGGUAGCGCAUGCUGCGCUGCAGGCGUUUACUGUGAAGCAAGGAGCCGGGUCAGGCUGGCAGAGAAAAUAAUUGCCACCAAACGCACGCUUCGAUCGAUAUCGGAUGGUCGUGGCAAUGCACGUGUUGCACGCAUGUUCGAGGCUGCCGAGCAGGGAAACGACUUCCUGCUCGACUCAGGCCCCGCGCGAAGGCGGCGGCGAGGUCGUCGCCAUGCAUCUACCGUUGCGCAGCUAAGAGACGAAGAGGACAUCGAUUCACUUCAGGAGAAAUUAGCCGCCAUUCCAGCGCAAGUGAAAGCUGCCAGGCGGAGACGGAAGUUGACUGAGAGCAUGAGCAUGAGUGCCGUGAGCGACGCUGUGGAUGGCGCUUCGAGUCCGCCGUCCGACGCAGGCCUGGUCAUAAGGAGAUACGAGCUUCUUGAGAAGCCUCUGAAGGAUCGAGAUCGAAACGCGCGGUUUGUGCGGACGACUGAUACAAGAAGUGUACCCAUCGAGGAAAAGGGCCCCAUUUUCAAGAAUAUGCACCCGACGCGGUCGAGCAUGAAACGACCAACGCAACUACUGCGCUCAAUUGACGUUGCAUCGCUGGUAGAUCCAGAGGCAGGUGGUCGACCUUCGAAGUUGGGAGGCAUUGAUCGAAUAUUACAAGCAUCCUUGAUGCAACACAAAUCCUCGGACUUCACUGUGCAUCACCGAGAUCCGCAAAAGAUCGCUGCAUCCGAAGAGCAUGCCGGUCCAGAUGCACAAGAAAAUUUUGAGGACCUCACCGAAAGGGCAGCGGAGCAUCGAUCGUUGCAAAGCGACAUGCUUGCCCUUCCAGAUUCAGACAUUUCAUCUUCGGUGCCGGGAGUGGGCUCGCUCGAUACUGACCUUGACACCUACGUCUCGCCGCUCUUCCCAGCAUCGAGCACUACCGAGCGACCCAAAACUGGAACAGCGUCAGUUGUGCCGUAUUCACUCAAGAGACCCCAGCCUGUUGAUACCGAAAGACCCCGACCUUCAGAUAUAGGUAAGCUUCUCGCACCGGAGCUCACCUCACCUGCCGCUUCUCCCGCAGAUCCAUCUACCGAUCACGAGAUGUGGCACGAUGUCCGGCGCGCACCGCAGGCGAAAGACCAGGAACUUACAACCACUUGGGACGGUUCAAACCCAAGCGAUGCGCAGUUCAAUGCAGUAGUUGAAAAGCGCCUCGCAUCAGAGACUGCCCUCGGUCUACAGCAAGCCGAGGAAUUCUUCCAUAGAUAUUACUUGCCUGCAAAGCACGGCAUAUUGCCCGCGGCCGCCACCCAGCUCAUUCACCGAUUUCUAGCAGCCGAGCCCACACGUCGUCAAGCGUUUCGCAUCUUCGGCCAUGUUCCGGCAGCGAAGAGAAGCACCGAGUUCCAGAGUUUCAUUUGCGCAAGACGAGUCAUGCAAUACAUGCUAAAGUUCUGCAUGAAUGGGACUGCGCCUUCAGUCUGGAUAACAGAGUAUUAUAAAAUAGCCGACAUUGUAAAGGGUGCAGGACUUCCUCUACAUGGCAGAUCUGUUGAGACCUUGCUGCGAGCGCUAUGCUCUUCUGGGCAACCCGUCGAAGCAGAGGCUAUCUAUGAGGACAUGGUCGCUAACUACGGGAUGGCGAGGGCAUUACAGUCCGAUCGAGUAGUUGCCAUCGGAUAUGCGAUGCAGCAUGAUUGGACUUCCGUGAACCGAAUCAUGGCGAGGCUGCAAGAAGAUGGAGUACCGAGAAGCCGCCCUAGCGGCUACUCGAUCACAUUUCAAAAGCUGUUUCGCGUCCACCUCCGCAAUCACAGUCUGGACGCCAGCUACGAGUACCUGAUCAAUGCUAUGGGAUAUUGGAAGCUUGUGCCCAAUAAUGUCAUCUCAUCGAUCCUCAUCACGGCUUGCAUCAGAGCACGGAGAUAUGAGCAUAUUCAAGAGUGGCUUGAAACCGUCCGUCAGAUGUGGCCUCGCCUUGCUUCAGUCACGAACUUCCAGUUAUUCGCCUACCAAGUCAGUCGGGCGUGGGCAGAAACCGGAGCCAGCUGCAUGGACAUUCGAAGUACGUGCCAAGCUCUGGCCCACAGCAGCCUCAGAGACCCGUUCUCAAAAUCUUUCCGCUCCAUGGCGAGGGAGGCGAUGUGUUCUGCUCUUCACCGUGCCUACAAAGGAGCAUUCGAAGGACUUGUACCUAUUCAGCAACUCGAGCCUGACCGCUUUGACCAAGCCAUGGAUCGUGUGACAGCGUCAUUACGGGACUUUGAUCGGCAAGGUAGCCUCGAUGAUUCUCGACGUACUGCUCUCGAAUAUCUGGAGCUGGAGCUUGGCGCAGCUCAAGACUUUCAAAGGAUUAUGCGUGGGCACGGUUCUUCGCUAUCAACUGCGAGGAUUCAGGCCAUCCAGAAUCCCAGCGAAGAUAAGUCCAGCUAUGCUCUGCAGGACUCCAGCGCGCUCCUGCAAGACAUCAAGAGCGAGGGACGCCUCACCUAUGGUAGACAUAAAAUUGCCUUCGUCGCCGAACGAUACGCUGAAAACUUUGCUGCGGGUCGUGCACCGCCACAUGGCAUUCUCAAAGCUGUCGUGGAAGAGAUGGUACUUGUGGACGAGCUAGUCGAAGCUGUCAAAUUGAUCCGCAGUGUUCACAGCAGUCGCUAUAUCACAGGACGGAACGGUGCGUUCUUCGAUGGAUCUGUAUACACCACGUGGCUUGAGCUAUGCGUGACAGUGGGCUCAUAUCUCGAAAGCACAGUGGCCAUGUGGGCACUUCUCGAUGCCAGUCGCAGCGUCACAAUCACAGCUGAGCACAUGAUCCUGGUCACAAACUGCAGUUCAAGUCUGUAUCAACCAGCAACGAAGCAUCACUCUAAUGUUGUGGAAGCUAAGAAGGAGAUGGAUUAUCUACACAGACGACUGGCACGUGUGCGGUGGAUGCAACGUGGAACCAGGUCACGAGAGCCCGGCGAUCGAGCCAUAGACCUGGUCUUAUCGACGCGUGGCAGUCGUGGCAGCAACAAGUCAAGAACAAGGUGCAUUGGCUGUAGAUGA